AUGGGUCCAAAAUACGACGAACGUACCAUAUCUUUGAGCAAGCUUGAGGAACUCGGUUACAAUGGACCAAGGGCAAACUGUGGAUCAAAUUUUGCCUAUCCAUUCUUCAUCUCGUUUUACAUGGUGUGCUCUUUUCUGAUUAUCAACCUGUUUGUUGCUGUCAUUAUGGACAACUUCGAUUAUCUGACACGCGACUGGUCUAUUCUUGGUCCGCAUCACUUGGAUGAGUUUGUGCGUCUCUGGUCCGAGUAUGAUCCAGAAGCAAAGGGACGAAUCAAACACCUUGACGUCGUCACACUUUUGCGAAAAAUAUCACCUCCACUGGGUUUCGGAAAACUUUGUCCACAUCGCACGGCUUGUGUGACUCUCGUGAGAAUGAAUAUGCCUUUAAAUAGUGACGGCACAGUCAUGUUCAAUGCAACCCUGUUUGCUCUCGUGAGGACCAAUUUGAAAAUAAAGACGGAAGGUGCUCCGAUCGAUCAGCUGAAUGAAGAGUUACGAACAGUGAUCAAAAAAAUUUGGAAGCGGACCAGUCCGAAACUUCUGGACCAAGUUGUACCCCCAGCAGGUGGGAAUGAUGAUGUUACCGUGGGGAAGUUCUAUGCAACAUUUCUCAUCCAAGAAUGGUUUCGUCGAUGGAAACAGAAGAAAGCCGAAGAACAGAAGGCUUUACUCCAUGGGCAAGCUCCUCCAAGGGCAAGCAAUCUUUCGGUGGAAAACCAAACCUCGGGUUACCUGACUCCUAUAGAUGAUGUUGGGAAGCGUGGAUCCGGGAGCAUUGCUGAAUCGGAUAAUCAUCCAACACUUUUUGGCUCAAUGAUGCAAGCACUUCAGCGCUCGAGGAGGCAAUCAACAGCUUCACGUGCGCUCACCCCGCACGACAUUGAACACGGGUCUCCUGCAAGAAAAGUGAGUAUCAUCGAACCCGACAGCAUUCCAAAGCUGGAAACGGUAUCGGAGAAACCCGCAAUGACAGCAAACAGUCGCAUUCUUCCUGUACCUGAUACAGCAUCUAGAAGAGUACUGCCUACAGCUCUCAGACAAAUGCCCAAGUCAGUUCCCGAAAGUGGAGCUGAGACCACCGAAUCCAUGUUACGAAGUUGGGAACGCGAGAAAUCCUCCAGUGAGGAGCUCCAAGAUGAACCAACCGCUGUGACAUCACCAUCAUCUCGAGAUGUGAGACCGUGGAAUUCCUCCAGAGAAGAAGAAUUGACUCCGCGACAAAGCAGAAAUUUUCCCAUUCAAUUGCAAAGAAACCAGAUACCUGACAACGAUGCUCACACCACCCGUUCACAAAUCAAAACCAUUGGGAACGGUCCAAUCAGAUCAAGGCCAUCAGAUGAAACACGAACAGUGUUGCAGCGAUCCGAGGCUAGUCUGGAUGACUUGGAGGACAGUGAUGAUGGAUUAUCAUUUUACACUCGCGGGGAUACACCAAGUCCAGCACCAUCAAUCGGAGCGGCAAUCCUGCGCCCGGAUGUCUAUCCGGGCACAGAAGAUAGAGGAAUAAGACAACGCCGAAAACCGCUAGAUACGUCGGAUUAUGUGGUACUCACCAGUGUACCGAGAGAUUACGCACUAGCUCCGAUUGGAGACAACAGAGAGGCCAUUGAUAUAGACAAGUUGUGUGAUUUACCUAAGCCCGUAUGGACAGCGAGUUUGCCAGAUGUACCAGUAUUGCCCAAACCAGCCAGACCAACGGGCAAGAGAAAAUAUCGUCGUCAACUUCCAGCAAUUCCUCAGAGAUUGAUCACCGAUCACUCUCGCCAUCCGUCACUGGGCAAAAUCCGAGCUGGCUUAUCUGGGUUCAGUCCCGAUGUACCUGUACAAAAUUCUUUUCCGAUGCAAAAAGACAUAUACGAGCCACCGAUGGUGGAUCCGCAUGGACCCGCACCCAGUGCUCCUCCAAACUGGAACGUAAACCAGUUAACCCCUCGCACUGCGAUUCGAAGAAGUACGAAUAUGGGCCAUGGCGUGCAUUCAGACGGAACAAGGCUGACGCAGUAUGUUAACUAUCUUACUGAACCGCCUAACACCACCCAACGAGACUGGCUGGACCAGUUUACGGAUGGAGUUACCUUAGAUGAAAUCAACAAUGCCCCGGGACCGAAUCCAACCAAUUCCUGGACCGUAAACAACACUUCUGGCGAGUGGAUGCGCUUGCAGCCAUGUAGCAUUCCACUGCACUCUAGUGAAUCCCCACCACCACCUGCACCGGCUCCAGCAGUUCCCAUGAUGAAUGACUUGCUUCAUCGACGGACUAUACCUGAACCCUAUCAUACGGGUCCAAGAUCACGAGAAGUUUUGUCCAAUCACUUUCUAUAUCCCGAUAUUAGGCCACAACCCCCUCUUUCUGCGCGGAAUGAUCCAGUUGAGUUUGUCCGACUCGAACUGGGGAACAAUACAGUUGCAACAGCACCCAUGAUCGAUCUGGGUUCAGGACCGAAUCCGAGCCGAUUCGAUUCACGAAAUCGUUUGACAAGUCAUAUCAAUCAGCCACGGUGA